UACGUCCAGUAUUUAAACAUGGCCGCCCCGAGGUCUGUUACGAGUUGGGCGCGGACAUAUUAGCUGGGCGAAGACAGGCCGGAAAUCCAGUCGUCUGUGCUCCGUACAAACGCUUUAGACCCUCGUCGGGCGCCGUAGGCCGGCUGGGAGGCUGGGCUAGGGCCCAGAAGUGGAAGAACUCUCGGAAGUGUAGCCGACUGGGAGGUCCCGGUGGCUUCACGAAUAAAUCGGGAAAGCUUUGGGAAGAUCAGGAUUGAUCAAACCUAAAAAGCCCACAGGUCCCGGCACCAGGACACAUCAAGUGAAGUGAGGAAGAGGUUCCAGGACCUGGAUGUCAUCAUUUGUGGGGACACCAUUACCAAAGACUAAGAUUUCCUACCAGAAAUUUAGGACAGUUCAGGAAGAGACUACAGACGCAGCAUCCUAGUUACUGGCCACUUCCCAAUAACAGAAGAAAAUGAUCAAGGCCCAGGAAUUGCUGACGCUGGAGGAUGUGGCUGUGGAGUUCACCUGGGAGGAGUGGCAGCUCCUGGACGCUGCUCAAAAAGACCUGUACCGGGACGUGAUGUUGGAGAACUACAGCAACCUGGUGUCAGUGGGGUAUCAAGCCAACAAGCCAGGUAUGUUCUCCAAGUUGGAACAGGGAGAACUAUGGUCAGUACAAGAUGAGAUCCACAGUCGAAUCUAUCCAGAAAUCAAGAAAGUUGAUAAUCAUCUACAGGUGCACUCACAAAACAGAAGAUGUCUGAAGAGAGGGGAACAUAAUGAAUUUGGAAACAUCAUUCAACAGAGAAAAAAUAAUUUUCCUUUAAAGCAAAAUCAUGAUAUAUUUGACUUACAUGAGAAAAUAUUAAAGUCAAAUUUAAGUUUAAUCAACCUGAACAAAAGCUAUCAGAUCAAGAAUUCUGUUGAGGUUAAUGGAGAUGGGCAAUCUUUCCUCUAUGAUAAACAUGAACAAUUUCAUAAUGAAAUGAAAUUCCCUGAAUGUGGAAAUUCUACAAAUAUAAAUUCACAACUCAUAAAGCAUCAGAGAACUGAAAAGAUACAUAAACCCCAUAUAUGCAAUGAAUGUGGGAAAGCCUUCCUCAAGAAGUCUCGCCUCAUUGAUCACCAGAGAGUUCAUACAGGAGAGAAACCUCAUGGAUGCAGUAUAUGUGGGAAAGCUUUCUCUAGAAAGUCCAGGCUAACUGAACACCAGAAAAUUCAUGUACGAGAAAAACGGUAUGAAUGCAGUGAAUGUGACAAAGCAUUCCGCUGGAAAUCACAGUUCAUUGCACAUCAGAAAAUUCACACUGGAGAGAAACCAUAUUUAUGCAGUGAUUGUGGAAAAGGCUUCAUCAAGAAGUCUCGGCUCAUUAAUCAUCAGAGAGUUCAUACAGGGGAGAAACCUCAUGAAUGCAGUCUGUGUGAGAAAGCAUUCUCCAGAAAGUCCAGGCUUGUUGAACAUCAGAGAACUCAUACAGGAGAGAAGCCCUAUGAAUGCACUGAAUGUGACAAAGCAUUCCGUUGGAAAUCACAACUCAAUGCACAUCAGAAAACUCACACAGGGGAGAAAUCAUAUAUAUGCAGUGAUUGUGGGAAAGGCUUCAUUCAGAAGGGCAAUCUCAUUGUACAUCAGCGAACUCAUACUGGAGAGAAGCCUUAUAUAUGCAAUGAAUGUGGAAAAGGCUUCAUCCAAAAAGGCAAUCUCCUUAUACAUCAACGUAUUCAUACUGGAGAGAAACCCUAUGUAUGCAAUGAUUGUGGAAAAGCCUUCAGCCAGAAGUCGUGCUUAAUAUCCCAUCAGAGAUUUCACACAGGAAAGACUCCCUUUGUAUGUACUGAGUGUGGAAAAUCCUGUUCACAUAAGUCGGGUCUCAUUAACCAUCAGAGAAUUCACACAGGAGAGAAACCCUAUACAUGCAGUGACUGUGGGAAAGCUUUCAGAGAUAAGUCAUGCCUCAAUAGACAUCGGAGAACUCAUACAGGAGAGAGACCCUAUGGAUGCUCUGAUUGUGGGAAAGCUUUCUCCCACUUGUCAUGCCUUGUUUAUCAUAAGGGGAUGCUGCAUGCAAGAGAGAAACGUGUAGGUUCAGUCAAGUUGGAAAAUCCUUUCUCAAAGAGUCACAGCUCAUCUCAUACAAGUGAUCUUAUUCAAGAUAAAAGCCCUGUUAACAUGAUAAGUUCCAAGCAGAUAGCAAUGUAGCCACUGUGGGACAGCCAGUUGCCAGAUAUUCAUCCUCAGCAGACAACAGAAUUUGCACAGAAGAGAAACAUUAUGAAUGCAGUGAAUGUGGUAGUGCUUUUAGUGAUCAAUUACAUCAUAUUCUAUGUCACAAAAAACACACAGGAAAAAACUGAUACAUUCAAAAUGGAAAACCCUUGAGUAAAACCUAGUUCAUAAUAAUGUGGCUAAUAAGCAUAUAACGACAGCAAAAUAGUGAGAAUGCAGAGGCUGAGAAAGUGUGUUAUGGAAAGAAGGACCCUGUUAAUCUGGACUAUGUCUUCAGUGAACAUAGAUUACAGGUCAUCAGUGAGCUCAUAGUUGGUAGAGAUAUACUGAUCAUGGAAAAGUCCUUGCCCAGACAUAAAACCUCAGUAGGUGUCAGAGAGUGCUGAAGGAGAGAAACUGUUGGAAGACUUGAAGGCCAUGAAUGUGGCAGAGUUGGCAGUGGUACAUUCUGCCUCAUCAAUUGUGAGAGGAAAUCAUAGAAAUAAAACUAUGAACACACUAACUGGAACAUCUCCAAAAUUAAGUGAGAACACAUGAAACCACCCCUGUGAAAAUGAAUAUUUUAAAGAUUACUGUCAUAAAUCUAACAUCAAUAUACAGCAGAUAAUAUGCAAGAAGUAUAUCUUAAGACAAUAUACUUGAAUCAAACUCCUAGUUGGUAUGUCAGUAACUCCUUAAAAG